AUGGCGCAUUUUUUACGAGGAAAGCAGGCAGGCAUCCAGAGCGACCUCUCCGGAAGCCUCUCACCAGAAAGCUUCCUUCUAGACGAGGUGGCUCGUUAUGGCAUAAACUCCCGAAUCAGCGCCAUAGCGUAUGAUCCAGUUCAAUCUCUACUCGCUGCCGGCACAAGCGAGACGCAGUUCGGGAGCGGGGAGAUUUAUGUAUUUGGACAAGAGCGAGUCUCUGCCGUUUUCUCCCUUCCUCGCAAGGCGUCAACGAGUAUCCUUCAGUUCUGUGGGGAUAAACUCCUCGCCGUUGCAAAGAAUGAGCUAUACGUCUUCUCGCUUGACGAAAGAAAGCUCAUCACGUCGUAUGCGCCGCCGGGCCAUGUUACGUGUGUCCUUACCGACCCGGCACUAGAUUAUGCAUUUAUCGGGCUACAGAACGGCGAGCUCGUCACAUAUGAUCUCGACCGGCAUAUGGUAGCUCCGUUCAAAGUAUCGAAUUUAUGGAAAGAGAGGAAUUCGCGGGCCAGAUUCUUUCCUAUAAUAUCCCUAGCCUUUCACCCAAAGGAUAUAGGGACCCUAUUGAUCGGAUACUCAGAUGGAGCAGUGAUAUUUUCCAUCAAACAAAAUGUGCCCCUCAAGCACUUCCAGUAUGAGGUACCAAAAGGCGCUCCAGGCGGUGAUUCAGACCCAUCCUCGGCCCGUGAGGCAAGAUGGCCGAAAGUUGUCAAAGCACUCUGGCAUCCAACUGCCACUUUUGUUUUAACAGUACAUGAUGAUUCAUCUCUUGUGUUUUGGGACCCGAAAGACGGACGAGUUGUUAUGGCUAGAACAAUACAAGCUAUAGAUGUGAAUAAACCGGGUGAGCUCACGUCUACAUCCGGCUCAACUCCUGGCACUUUCUCACUGAAGGCGCCCAUUUUCGAAAUUGCAUGGUGUUGCAAGGAAAAUCCGGACGAUACAGGGUUACUCAUAGCUGGCGGAACUCCUACUAGCGAAACUACAAAAGGACUCACGUUUAUUGACCUUGGGAACACUCCAAACUAUCAGACUUCUUCCUGGCAAGUACUGUCUGGCCAUUUCUCGUCUUUAAAGCGCCAGUCAACACUGCCGACUCCUCCAAAUGCAGAGGUAGCUCAGUUCUGUUUAAUUCCCCGAGCAUCACCCCAUUUUGGGGGCGCUCAAGACCCUAUUGCGGUUAUUGCUCUUCUAUCAUCUGGGGAGUUAGUCACUCUAAGUUUCCCAAGCGGAUACCCUAUAACUCCUACCAAUGUUUUCCCCCCUUCCUUGACAAUGGUCCACCCAUUUGCUACCAAAUUCGACCUUGCUUGCAUCGACAGGACAAGAUGGCUUGGCUGGCGAGAGAAGAGAGCGCAAGGUCCGCCCAUACUUAUCGGAGGCGCUGCAGCAAAGAAGGCACUGAAACGCUUUGAGAACCGAGAUAUCGCUGUUGUUGCCCACGCAGAUGGCCUCAUACGUCUUUGGGAUACUGGACAUGAUGACCAGAUUGAGAAUCCCGCGGUCCUUCAGGUGGAUCUGGCUCGCGCCGUUGGGAGGUAUGAUAGAAUAGAGGCCAUCCAGAUGUCACUCUCUGGAUCAGCAGGCGAAUUUUCCGUUGGCCUUCAAAGUGGAGAGUUAGUUAUUUUCAAAUGGGGCCGAAAUGAAAACGCUGGUCGAGAUGUGCCCUUAGGAGAGAAUAAUGGGCCAGACCAGAUUACUAGUGUAUCUCAUAGAGCUGAUCCUGGGCUGAAGGAAGGGCUGCUUCCUCUUGCACUGCUCGAUCAACGCCAGGGGUCAAUCACUGUUCUCAAGCACAGUGAUGUGGGAUUUAUCUGUGUUGGGUAUCAAUCUGGAGGUGUCGCACUCCUAGAUUUACGCGGCCCUACUGUAAUAUACUCUGCGAACCUGACAGAUUUUGCAAAACAAUCACGGCGAAGCAGCUGGAGAGGCCAUUCUUCAACUGAAAAAGGAGCGGAUUGGCCAACUUGCGUUGAAUUUGGUGUUUUAAGAAUUGAAGAUGACAGUUAUUCAAGUAUCACCUGCUUUGUCGGGACCAACAAUGGCCACUUAGCUACAUUUAAAAUUCUUCCUUCAUCUAGUGCAACAUAUACCGCGUCUUUUGUUGGAUCAUGCAGUUUGGAAGAUAGGGUGCUAUCUAUAUGCCCUAUCAACUCGGAAACUGGAGCUCCGGCACUAGCUACACAGGAAGCUGUCGCAGAGUUACGAAAUGGAGGUAAAGUCAAUGGAGUUAUAGUUGCGGUCACGCCUUCUGGUUGCCGUAUCUUCAAGCCGGCUACAUCUAAAGGCGCCCAUAAGAAUUGGGACGACUUCAUAUGUGAUGCUGCCUCUGUUGUUCACUCGCCUGGGGGGUAUAGCUUGGUAGGCUUGUUUGGUGACGGGAAAGUUAGAGCAUACUCUAUACCUGCCUUGAAGGAAAUCGGCUCUAUAAGUAUUGCAAAGAUACUUGAUACCAGAAGGCUGGGUGAUGCCCGGAUAUCACCAUCGGGAGAUAUACUUGCAUGGAGUGGGCCAUCUGAAAUGGUUAUGCUUCACGUUUGGGGUGUCGGCAGCCCACUGCUCCGGUCAGCAGACAGGUUAUACAACCCCGAAGCAAUCACACCACCUCGACCAACUAUCUCGAAUCUGCAAUGGAUAUCUGGUACCCAGUUCGUAUCAACGGCGGAUAUUGAUUUAUUAGUUGGAGGACCCAAUCGUCCUCCAUCCAAGCGCAUGCUUGAGCAAAUGCGCCUCGAAGAGCAAGAGCGUCAAAGAGCAGAGCGUGAAGGGCGUCUCCCCAGAACCGACACAACCAACUCCCAGGGCUCACAAGAAUCAUACUGGGCGUAUAUGCAACGACAAAUGCAAGAAAGAACUGAGAAUCUGAACAUUAUGGGUGAUAGCAUGGAUCGCCUUGGAGAAAGCAGCAGCGGCUUAGCAGAUGACGUUAACAAGUUUGUCAGGAACCAAAAGAAGAAGGCGGUCUUGGGAGCUCUUGGCUCGAAAUUCGGCUUCUGA